CGAGGUUACCGAUUGAGCCCACCUGCCGGUCCCCGGCAAGAAUGGUCAAACAACAAUUGUUAAGUGCCUGAAUCGUGUUUGCCUGAGAUUUCGCUGACCAGGAACCAGAGAGGCCACAUAAGAAGUUGUAAAAUACGGUGUCUUCUGAGAUCUAGCUACUGCGACCAAACCACACAUACCUUGGAAUUUCCCUCCCACAUAUUCAGCUCUCCCCUUCCCAUCAUCAGCUCUCCCCUUCCCCCUCCCAUCAUGGCUACCUCUAUGGACCAGUCCACUCUUCUAGAAGACGAGCUCACCUGUCCCGUGUGCUUGGACCUGUUCCGGGACCCCCACCUGCUGCCCUGCGGCCACAACUUCUGCCUGCUGUGCAUCCGCCGGCUCAAACGCCAAGCAGAGCGAGGCCGCUUCCGUUGCCCCGAGUGCCGAGAGAGCCACCGCUGCUCCGCGGCCUCCCAGAAGAACUUUAAGCUCGCCAACAUCGCAGAUGACUUCCGCUGCAGGGGACGGGCAGUAGCAUCAAGACAACAACAACCAGACGGCAGCCCGACAACGGCCAAGACCCCCGUGUCCGUGCCGUGUGACUACUGCUCUCCAGGGGACACUAGCGAGGCGGGAAAAGGGGAACCUGGGGCUGGAGUGGUGGUAGAGGUAGCGGUCAAGACGUGUCUGAAAUGCGAGGUGUCCAUGUGUCAGGAGCACAUGAAGCCCCACCUGGAGCUGCCUGCGUUUAGGGAGCACCCGCUGACUGAACCCCUGGGGGACCUGAGGAAGAGGAAGUGUCCCCAACACGAUGAGAUGUACCGCUAUUACUGCAUGGACGACCGGGUGUGUGUCUGCAACGCCUGUACCAUCGAGGGGGGCCACGCCGGACACACCAUCAAGACCCUGAAGAACACUAUGAAGGAUCUGAAGGGCUCUCUGGAGAACCAGCUACAGAAGGUGGACAGGAAGCUGAACAAAGCAGAGAAAAAUCUCCAGGAGCAGAAGGAACAAGAACGGCUGAACAAGAGGUUCCUGGAGGACUCAGACCAGCGGGUCACAGCCUUGGGGGAGGUGUUACAGGUCCACCUGGAGGGCUUCCUCACCUCCCUCAGGGACUGUUCCUGCUCCCACGGGGUUGAGUGUGGCCCCAGCAUCCAGCGGAACAUAGCCAAGGCGGUCCAGGACCAGUCCCGUCUGCAGGAUGUCCACAGUGGCAUCCAGACCCUCGCCCAGGAGAACGACCCCUUCCGCUUCCUGGAGGCGUACAAGUCAUCAAGCAAAAAUUUCUGCAGGCAGUUGAAGAAGCCCCUGUUCCACCCAGAAUGUGCUUGCGUUGACUCAGACGGCCUGGCCGAGUCCAUGGAGGCUAAACAGGAAGACUUCCUCACUGAAGUACACUCUCACGUCUCUCACCUCAUCAACGAGCUCUGUCCCGUAGUACGGGAAGAGGAGGACAGCGGAGGAGAGGAGGAGGAGGACGAAGAUGAUGAUGACAGCAGUGAUGGAGAUGAGCAAGAAGAAGCUGAGGAGGAGAUGAGGAGUGAGGAAGAGGAGGCUGUACACGACCAAAGUGAGUCAGCAGACGAACUUUACAGUCCUGAAGGUCAGGAAGACGAGGAAGAAGAAGAAGAGGAAGAAGAGGAGAUUCAUUCAGACUGAUGAAAUGACAUCCAUUUAAGUCUGAUUUUCAGUCAAAAAGUCAUGCAUUGAUGUCAGUGGGAGAAUGUGUGGAAAGGCUACUUUGGAUUUUUCCAUAAAUUACCAAAAGAACCAUUUUGGGAAACCUUUUAAAUAUUAUACAUCAAUGUUUAGAAGAUAUGUUUGUGUGCAUCCCAAAUGGCACCCUAUUUCUUACUACUUUCGACCAGGGCACUAUAUAGGCAAUAGGGUGUCAUUUGGAACGUAGACACUUUUUUUUUUUUUUUAUUUAUUUUUUUUAGUUCAAGAUUAUACUGUAAUAACUAAACACUUGAAACUGGGCUUGUCAUUCUAACCUCAUACGGUUUUGUUUUUGACUAAAGCGCUUUUGAUGUGCCCAACCUCUCUUUUGCAGACCUGGGUUCAAAUAGUAUUUGAUUUUAAUUUUUAAUUUUUUUUCAAAUACUUUUCUGCAUUUGCUUUGUAAUGUAAUCUAAUAUAGUUUUUCGAUCUAUUAUAUUGCUUCCAUUAAGCCUGGCAAGCUUGAUCAAGCACUGCUAGAAGUAUUUGUAAUAAUUUCACCUAGUAUUUGAACCCAGGUUCGGGCUGUAUUAUACAUCCAGGGAAAGCCACAUCUUAAGUAUUUUUUUUGAUUCUCAGGAAGAUGUAUUAUAAGGUAUUUAUUAUUUGAUGGCACUUUGAUAAAUAAUUAUACAUAAUAUAAAUAAUUAAAAGGUAUUGCACUGACCACUUGCAGAAAUCAAUAUCUUCAUAAACUACAAUGGGCUACCUGACUAAUUAUACACCAUUAGUGCAUUUAGUUAGCAUGGUCCCAGAUCUGUUUGUGCUGUCUUGCCAGCUCCAAUAUGAAUGACCAUCAGAGUUGGCAAGACAGCAGAAAUAGAUCUGGGACCAGGCUAGCAUUUAGGUGUUCAUGUGUAACCAGACAAAUGUGAGUGCAUGUCCUGACUGAAUUCUGAUUGAUGUGAAUUUUAUACCAAUGAAAGUUGGAUGAUAGAAGACUUGUGGAUGAGUGUGAAGCGUGGGUGUGUUUUUCAAAAGCUCUUUGAAAGUUAUGUAAAAGUUGGUGAGCUAUAUGUUUAUCAGUCUAUCGUUUAAUAAUGAAUUGUUCAUACGGUAUUAUGUUUCAUCAGUUGCACACCUGGGUUGUAUUCAUUAGGCACCAAAUGUGGGGAAAAAACAGACUGAAACAGGGAGAGAUCUACCAGAACUGGUCCAAUAAGUAGCCCUUGUUCUCCUUUUCCGUUUGGAAACGGUGUGCACUAAUGAACACAACCCAUGUCUCAUAGUUCUGAGAAAUAUUUGAAAGCCUACUUCUAGUGCUUGUAGCAAUAGAUAACUUGUUACUUUAGACAUGUUUUGUACCGUUAUCAAUUUAUACAGUUCUGCAAAGAACAUAGUGAUAAAUUGCUUUUUUGUCCUGCAAGGGAUUUAAAAAAAUUUGAUCUGAAAAAGCUAUAAUAUUUUGGGGGGAUUUUCAUACUGGUGAUUUUGAAUGUGGUAAAAUUGUCAUUCUAUCCAGCCAAUAAACUCAGCAUGAAUGUUAUAAUAGCACAUUGCAUUCAUAUGUAUAACAUUUCAUUGGCUUCUUUCAGACCCCCACAUUCUUUUACAUUAUACUGUCAAAUUGCAUUUGGAUUAAUUAUUUUCUUCCUUUCACUUUUAUGAAUUCUUGAAACUAUAAUUCCAAGUAAUGUCUAAUAUGUCAGCCUGGCCUCAAAGAUGUAACAGUCAAUGCAAAUCUGUGACACAAAUAUAGUUAAAUAAAGGUUAAAUUAAAAAAUAAUACCCAUUAAACCUAGUUGUUAAACAGGGAAACAGUUUUUCCACCAUUCUUUUUUCCCAUAAGGGAUUUUAGAAACACAAUAAGGGCUGUAUUUCAUGUAGUCUUACCUUGGUGUAACGUUUUGAUAGCAAUGUAAAUCUUUCGCAGACAAGAUGAAUUUUAUCAAUAUAUUCGGCUCUAUUCACUCAGAUUCCAAAAUGCUAAUUCACAGAGUAGACAUGUAAAACAAAUCCCUGCAAGCUCCUGCACAUCGUCUAUAGCUGACACCUUUGCUAACAGGUAUUAUGUAAAUGUAAAACUUGUACAAGACAGUUCACAGAAUUGUCCAUUUAAAUAAAUGUAGCCAAACUAUCCAUUACUGCAUUUAACUAACAUUAGAUAGGUAAUCCAGAGAUUCUUUCUUUUGCCUUGAUUCUGCAGUCUCGUCCAGAUCAUCAUGGCAUUUGUAGUUCUUUAUGAUAGCCACAUUAGCAGCUAAUUAGCAUUUCAUUUUUGGGGGGGUGAAUACAGAAAAUAAACAUCACCUUGUCCUAGAGAGAUUUACAUGGUUAUCAAAACAUCACACCAGGGUAAGCCUACAUGAAACACAGCCCUUAUUUAAGUGUUUCUAAAAUCCCCUAUGGGAAAAAUGAAUGGUGGAAAUACGAUUGGAACCAUCUCCCUGUUUGACCGCUGGUUAUUAUGACUCAUACUGUGGUAGUCUAUUUGUAUGAUAUGUUUGGUAUGGUUACAUAAGACAGAAGGUUACUUAAUAAAACAUCUUAAGGAUCUGA